AUGUUAAUAUACAUCAAACCGCCUCCCCCUGUUACAGCUGCGGCUAAGCCGCAUAAGCUGAACAAGAAGCAGAGAAGGAAGCGCAGAGAGAGACUAGCAGCUCUCAACACCGCCCCGGCGCCUCAACAGAGCGUCUCUGGGAAGGGUCAGGCGCAGGCUGCAGCUGGUCCACCAGCAGCGAACCGUGCCCCUCCCCAGGAAAAGAGGGCGAAGGGGACCAGGGCCAAGAAGGAAAGUAACCAGGGUGCCCGGUCUUCUGCCAAGAGGGCCCGACUGGAUGAGACAAUAUCUCCCAGAGGAGAGCCUAAGAGGCAGAAGACUGGACCGCCUGGUGAAACCCCCCAAGCUAGACAGCCCACCUCAAGCCUUCCCGCAGGCCCACUCUUCAGGGGCAAGCCCGUAUGGGCGAAUGGCUCCCUCAGAUUGUGGUGCGAGAACCAGGCUACGCUAGCAUGGCUCAAGCGCAGUGUGGCUACCAUCACCCUCGAUGAGGGGGAGAAGGUGGUAGUCAAGCGCCAGAGCGAGGUACCCAAACGAGUACGCUGCGGCAUCCUGUUCCCGGGUGUCUGGGAGGACUUUGGCGAAGUAGGCCGAGCCCUCCGCUACCAGAACCCGUGGGCGGAAAUAGACCGCUGGCUGCUCAACCGGCGAGAGGUGCAGGGAACGGAGACGUUCGCUGUGGUCAGUGUGCCGGAGACAGUCGUGCAGCCCCUUGUGAGCCGCGGACGCCGGCUCGGCUUUAUGCUGGGUUCGGUGUACGUGAAGUUUGAGGGGUCACGGGGCAAAUUCAGGGAACAACCGCCCCCUAGCAGCACUGUCGCCAUAGAUGGCGCAGCUGAGGCACCUGCCGAGCCCAUGGACACUUGCGUGACGACGCAGGCACCUGUUGACGAAGUCCAGGAGCCUGAGUUGCAGGCCCCAGCGCAGUCUCCUUCCGUCCCCGAGAAGGACGAAGAAGAACUUCUUCGUGACUCCUCGGGGAGUGAGGGGGAAUGCGCGCAGGGGCUGGGCAAGCUGGCCAUCGGCAAGGAGGAGGAGGAGCCGAUGUCGGCGGAGGAGGGCGAUCCUGGUGGAGGAACCCCCUUCGCCCAUUGGUAAAUUCCUCCAAGCCAACCUCCACCACAGCGAAACCGCAACGGCUCAGAUCCGGAAGUGGUUGGAGGUCAACACAACAGCCGUAAUUCUGAUCCAGGAGCCGUGGGUCAGAAGGGGCUCUGUUUGCGGUCUCCGUAACAUAGGAGAGACGUGUGCGCCAUAAGGCUGCGCGGGGCGCAAGACACCAGCAUGCAGGAG